CAUCAUUACGUAGGCAGGAAGUAAACCGAAGACUACGGAAGCGCGUUUGGUUUAAGCACUCAAACAGAAGCUAAUCAUCCAUUUGACUGCAUCAGAUAAAUACGCAACUUAAGUGGUGAAUCGGUAACAUUAGUUGCACUAAAACUGCAACGACGAAAGAGUGGGAAAAUGUUUGCAAGGACCAAUGCAGAGUAUGUGGAGGAAGAGGACCAUAGUCGUCGACGACUGGAAGAUCUUUGGUUGCAGCCAUAUGUUGUGUUACGCAGAGUUGACAUUAGUGAAGCUAUUUGUCCUAAGCAUCAGGAGCCAGAGCACACAUGCAUCAAAGAGGAAGAUGCCAAAGAUGUCCUUCACCACAUAAAAGAACAAAUGGUGCAGACGUUUCUUUGCACCAUAAAAGAGGAGGAAGAGCCGGAGCGGCUUUGUAUUAAAGAAGAAGAAGGAGAAGACUCCUGCGACAUUAAAGAGGAGGAGGAUACCUUCAAGAUGCCAUCGAUUGGUGUUCCUAUGAAGAGUUUAGAUGAGGGUAAACAGGAGGUGAUCAAAGGGGCGGCGCCGACAAGCUGCAGCUCAAGCCAACAAAUGACUAGAGAAGGUGAUGGAGACCACUGUGGAGGAUCACAGGCAGCUCCAUCAUCAGAUAGUGAUGACGUGACAAACUCUUCCUGCUCAGAUUGUAGCCAAAAAUUUGCUCAAAGGGGAAGUUUAAAAAGGCACACAAGAACCCACACUGGUGAGAAAACUUUUUCAUGCUCGGUUUGUGGCCAAAAAUUUACUCGAAGUGGAAGUUUAAAAACGCACAUGAGAACCCACACUGGCGAGAAACCCUUUUCAUGCUCAGUUUGUGGCCAAAAAUUCUGUCAGCAGGUACAUUUGAAAACGCAUACAAAAAUCCACACUGGAGAGAAAUCGUUUUCAUGCUCAGUUUGUGGCCAAAAAUUCUCUCGGAGGGGAAAUCUAAAAAGGCACGCAAGAACCCACACUGGUGAGAAACCUUAUUCAUGCUCAGUUUGUGGCCAAAAAUUCUCUGAUGGGGGACAUUUAAAACCGCACAUGAGAACCCACACUGGCGAGAAACCUUUUUCAUGCUCAGUUUGUGGCCAAAUAUUUUCAGGGAACGGAGCUCUAACAAUUCACAGAAGAAUCCACACUGGCAAGAAACCCUUUUCAUGCUCAGUUUGCGGCCAAAAAUUCUCUCAGCAGGCACAUUUGAAAACGCAUACAAAAAUCCACACUGGAGAGAAAUCGUUUUCAUGCUCAGUUUGUGGCCAAAAAUUCUCUCGGAGGGGAAAUCUAAAAAGGCACACAAGAACCCACACUGGUGAGAAACCUUAUUCAUGCUCAGUUUGUGGCCAAAAAUUCUCUGAUGGGGGACAUUUAAAAACGCACACAAAAAUCCACACAGGUGAAAAACCUUUUUCAUGCUCAGUUUGUGGCCAAAUGUUCUCCGAGGGGAGAUAUUUAAAAAGGCACACACUAAUCCACACUGGUGAGAAACCUUUUUCAUGCAAAGUUUGUGGCCAAAAAUUCUGUGAUAAGGGAGUUUUAAACAGGCACAUAAGAAUCCACACUGGCGAGAAACCCUUUUCAUGCUCAAUUUGUGGCCAAAAAUUCUUUGAAGGGUCACAUUUAAAAUCACACAUAAGAAACCACACUGGCGAGGAACCUUUUUCAUGCUCAAUUUGUGGCCGAAAAUUCAGUGUAAAAGGAGAUUUUAACAAGCACAAGAAAAUCCACACUGGUGAGAAACCUUUUCCAUGCUUAGUUUGUGGCCAAACAUUCUCUCAGAGCGGGCAUUUAAAGAAGCACACAAGAACCCACACAGGUGAGAAACCUUUUUCAUGCUCAAUUUGUGCCCAAAUGUUUGCAGGGAAGAGCGCUCUAACAAUUCACACAAGAAUCCACACUGGUGAGAAACCUUUUUUAUGCUCAGUUUGUGGCCAAUUAUUUGCUCGGAAUGAAUACUUGAUAAAGCACACAAGAAUCCACACUGGUGAGAAACCUUUCUCAUGCUCAGUUUGUGGCCAAAAAUUCAAUCAUAAGGGAACGCUAACAAUUCAUACAAGAAUCCACACUGGCAAGAAACCUUUUUCAUGCUCAGUUUGUGGCCAAAGAUUUGCAGUGAAGCAAAGCUUAAAAAGUCAUAUAAGUCUCCACACUGACAAGAACCCUGUUGCCUGCUCAGCCAACGAGAAUUCAGAGUGUGUUGGGGUGAUGAACAUUGAUUCAUGAAGUUUUCACCUUCUAUUUGAGCAGACUUCAAGAGUUUUUGCAUUAAUGAUCAUUAUAUCGACGUUUUGAUUGGGAUGCUAAACUUCUUUCCUUCACCACAGUUCAUAUUUUCGUCGUAAUGAGUUAUAGAAUAUACUCAUUAACCGGCUUCGGGAUGAUAACAAUUUUGUAAUUUUUAUUUUAAUUGAUGGUUAUUUUGUUUUUAGUUGUGGAUUGGAACUAAUUACUUUUAAUUCAUAUUUAAGGCAAGUUGCUUACUUUCUAUUAGUUUAGGCGUUUGUUUACCUUUUCAUGUUCAGGUAUUUGCCUCCAUAUUUGUUUUGCAGAGAAAUAGAUGAAGCAAUUUGUGUAGAAAUGCUGAAUGACAAAAUAUGCAAGCAUGUGGAAUCCUUUGAAUCAUGAAAUAAAAUAAAAGUGAAUUAUGUGA